AUGGCGCACAGGAAACGCCAUGCCGAGGAGUCGCUCGACGAAAUCGCAGGGAUCGACUCGCCCGCGUCGAAACGCUCACGAACCGUCGACUCCCUCAUCUCCAACGGCUCACUCGAGAACGGGCACGACACAGCGACGGCGACGGAGGAUGCAACACCCACAAAUGGCGUCGCCGAGAUACCAGAAGACGAGGCCGAUGAUAGCGAUAUAGAGGAAGACACGCCGAUACAGGCCCCGAUCCGCCAAUCGGCGCCCACGGACGGCUAUGACGACCUCUACCUCGACACGAUAGACCGCAACGUCCUCGACUUUGACUUUGAGAAGCUCUGCUCUGUCAGCCUGUCCAACAUCAACGUCUACGCGUGUCUGGUGUGCGGCCGCUACUACCAGGGCCGCGGGCCGAGAUCCCACGCCUACUUCCACGCCCUCGACGACAACCACCACGUUUUCAUCAACAUGCAGACACAAAAGGUCUACGUGCUACCCGAGGGCUACGAGGUCAAGUCCAAGUCGCUCGACGACAUCAAGUUCGUCUCGGACCCGCGCUACACAAAACCAGAGGUCGCCGCACUCGACCGCACGCCGCUGCGCGCGUCCUUUACGCUCGCCGGCAGGGAGUACGCCCCCGGCUACGUGGGCAUGAACAACCUCAAGGAGAACGACUACCUCAACGUCGUGGUCCAAGCCCUCGCGCACGUCGCGCCGCUACGCAACUACUGCCUCCUCGAGGACCUCUCGUCACGCUCCGAGCUGGCCAAGCGCUUCGGCAUCCUCGUCCGCAAGAUCUGGAACCCGCGCGCCUUCAAGGCCCACGUUUCGCCACACGAGCUGCUCCAGGAGAUUUCCCUGUUGUCCAACAAGCGCUACACCUUGACGGCGCAGUCCGACCCCGUCGAGUUUCUGUCCUGGUUCCUCAACAACCUGCACCUGGGGCUGGGCGGGUCCAAGACGAAGCCCGGCAGCUCCGUCGUGCAGCGCAUCUUUCAGGGGAAGCUCAAGGUCGAGUCGCAGGCCAUCACGGCGCGCGCCGACGCGGGCGACCGUCUACGGUUCGAGGACGCCGCCGUCUCGGUAACCUCGUCGAGGUUCAUGUUCCUCACGCUCGACCUCCCUGCGGCGCCCCUCUUCCAGGAUGAGCUGGAGAAGAACAUCAUCCCGCAAGUGCCCCUCACGACGAUCCUCUCGAAAUAUGACGGCAUCCAUGCGCAGGAACAUCUCGCACAGCGCAAGCGGUAUCGCCUACUACACCCCCUGCCGCCGUACCUCGUUCUCCACGUCAAGCGCUUCAGCCAGAACAAGUUCGUGUCGGAGCGGAACCCGACGAUUGUGACGUUUGAUCCGAGGGGGCUCGACGUGAGUCCGUACGUGGAGCCCAACCCGGGCGAGUGGCCGCCGGGCGAGCCCAUCUGGUACGACCUCGUCGCCAACGUCGUCCACGAGGCCGUGCGUGCCAAGGAGGACGUUGCGGACAGCGGCGAGGAGCGGAAGACGUGGAAAGUGCAGCUGCGGGAUAAGGGACGCGACGAGUGGGUGUCGUGUCAGGAUCUGUUUGUGGAAAAGGUGCAGAGUGAGCUGCUGUACCUGGGCGAGACAUAUCUGCAGGUCUGGGAGAGGCGGAGGACACCAAAGAGCAAGUAA